AUGGAACAGAGGACAUGGAAGGAGUUGGGAGAGAGAUGGAAAGAAAGCGGCUUUCAAUCUGACGAGUACUCUCCAUUUAUUAUCCUCAUCAGAAAGCCUCUGGUGGAACGCCACUCUGUUAUCAUUAGCGACCCAGACGUGACUGGGCUUCGGACGGCGGGCCACGGGCACUGGUAUGAGACGCUCACUGCUAAGUUUCACUUUGUGGACUUGGCGGGCUCGAGGCUGAAGCGGACAGGGGCCACCCGGCGGAAGCAGGCCAAAGAGGGCAUCUCCAUCAACUGUGGUCUGCUGGCCUUGGGCAAUGUGAUCAGUGCCUUGGGAGAUCAGAGCAAGAAAGUCGUGCACGUGCCCUACAGGGACUCCAAGCUCACUCGGCUGCUCCAGGACUCUCUUGGAGGCAACAGCCAGACCAUCAUGAUCGCCUGUGUGAGCCCCUCAGAUCGGGACUUCAUGGAGACGCUCAACACUCUCAAAUAUGCCAAUCGGGCUCGAAACAUCAAAAACAAAGUGGUAGUGAACCAGGACAAGACCAGCCAGCAGAUCAGUGCGCUGCGAGCCGAGAUCGCACGCCUGCAGAUGGAGUUGAUGGAAUACAAGGCGGGCAAGCGAGUGAUUGGGGAGGACGGUGCAGAGGGCUACAGCGACCUGUUCCGGGAGAACGCCAUGCUACAGAAGGAGAACGGAGCACUGCGGCUCCGAGUGAAGGCCAUGCAGGAAGCCAUCGAUGCCAUCAACAGCCGGGUCACACAACUCAUGAGUCAGGAGGCUAACCUGCUUCUGGCCAAGGCUGGGGAUGGCAACGAGGCCAUUGGCGCUCUGAUCCAGAACUACAUCCGGGAGAUUGAGGAGCUUCGCACGAAGCUUCUGGAGAGUGAGGCUAUGAAUGAGUCCCUCCGAAGGAGCCUCUCCCGGGCUUCCGCUCGGAACCCCUACUCCCUGGGAGCAUCUCCAGGAGGUCCAGCCUUUGGGGGCAGCCCGGCCAGCUCCAUGGAAGACGCUUCUGAAGUGAUCCGCAGGGCCAAGCAAGAUCUGGAGCGGCUGAAAAAGAAAGAGGUCAGGCAGCGGAGGAAGAGCCCGGAGAAAGAAGCCUUCAAAAAGAGGGCAAAACUCCAGCAGGAGAACAGUGAGGAGACGGAUGAGAACGAGGCUGAGGAGGAGGAAGAAGAACGAGAUGAGAGUGGCUGUGAGGAGGAGGAAGGGCGUGAGGAUGAGGAUGAAGACUCGGGCAGUGAAGAGAGCCUGGUGGACUCGGACUCCGACCCCGAGGAAAAGGAAGUCAACUUCCAGGCAGACCUGGCGGACCUGACCUGUGAGAUUGAGAUCAAGCAGAAGCUGAUCGACGAGCUGGAGAACAGCCAGCGGCGGCUGCAGACGCUCAAGCACCAGUACGAGGAGAAGCUCAUUCUGCUGCAGAACAAGAUCCGAGACACACAGCUGGAGCGCGACCGCGUGCUGCAGAACCUCAGUACUAUGGAGUGCUACACGGAGGAGAAGGCCAACAAGAUAAAGGCGGAUUAUGAGAAGAGGCUUCGGGAGAUGAACCGGGACCUGCAGAAGCUACAGGCUGCUCAAAAGGAGCAUGCCAGGUUGCUCAAGAACCAGUCUCGCUAUGAGAGGGAGCUGAAGAAGCUGCAAACGGAGGUAGCCGAGAUGAAGAAGGCCAAGGUAGCCCUCAUGAAGCAAAUGCGUGAGGAACAGCAGCGGCGGCGACUGGUGGAGACCAAGAGGAACCGGGAGAUUGCUCAGCUCAAGAAGGAGCAACGGAGGCAGGAGUUUCAGAUACGGGCCCUGGAAUCUCAGAAGCGCCAACAGGAAAUAGUUCUGAGGAGGAAAACCCAGGAGGUUUCCGCACUGAGGCGCUUAGCAAAGCCCAUGUCUGAGAGAGUGGCCGGACGUGUAGGAUUGAAGCCCCCCAAUAUGGAUUCUGGGGCUGAGGUGUCUGCCAGCACUACCUCGUCUGAGGCUGAAUCCGGAGCUCGCUCUGUCUCCAGCAUAGUGCGUCAGUGGAACCGAAAAAUCAACCACUUCCUGGGGGACCACCCUACAGCCACUGUCAAUGGCGCCCGCCCAGCCAGGAAAAAGUUCCAAAAGAAGGGAGCCAGCCAAAGCUUCAGUAAGGCGGCGAGACUCAAGUGGCAGUCCCUGGAGCGGAGGAUCAUUGACAUUGUCAUGCAGAGAAUGACCAUCGUCAACCUGGAGGCUGAUAUGGAGCGUCUCAUAAAGAAAAGGGAGGAGCUCUUCCUCCUACAGGAGGCACUGCGGAGGAAGCGGGAGCGCCUGCAGGCUGAGAGCCCCGAGGAGGAGAAGGGACUACAGGAGCUGGCUGAGGAGAUCGAAGUGUUGGCAGCCAAUAUUGACUACAUCAAUGACAGCAUCACUGACUGCCAAGCCACUAUCAUGCAGCUGGAGGAAACCAAGGAGGAGCUGGACUCGACAGACACAUCGGUGGUCAUUAGCUCCUGCUCUCUGGCUGAAGCCCGCCUCCUGCUAGACAACUUCCUCAAGGCAUCCAUUGACAAGGGACUUCAAGUAGCACAGAAGGAGGCCCAGAUCCGGCUGCUGGAAGGACGCCUCAGACAAACAGACAUGACAGGCUCUUCCCAGAACCACCUGCUCCUAGAUGCUUUGCGUGAGAAGGCUGAGGCACACCCUGAGCUGCAGGCCCUCAUCUACAAUGUGCAACAUGAGAAUGGCUAUGCCAGCACAGAUGAGGAAGUUUCAGAGUUCUCUGAGGGGAGCUUUUCCCAGUCAUUCACCAUGAAAGGCUCCACCAGCCAUGAUGACUUCAAGUUCAAGGUAAGCCCUGCUGGAAUACAGGCUAUAGGCUUAUCAGGGCCAACCUCCCAGCCUGAUCUCCAGAACUCCUCAGCUCCCACAUCCCAAAAGGAGAGCGAUCACGUCCUCAUCUCGGGACCGUUGUGGAGUGGCGAUGAGCGGACCGGCGUCCAGAAUCCCACCCAGCACUCGCCUCCAAAUAGAUUGCAAUGCUCGCGGCUCUGGGAAGGAGGAAACAUCAUCUCCACAAAACAAACCGGUAAGGUCAUGCUACAGCUCACAGAGCAGGAUUCAAACCCAAGCAAGCAGACGGUGACUUCAUCUUGUGUUGAACUGCUGUGA